CUGACCCAGGGAGCUCAAGAACAGCAUGAUUGGUAGAUGAACAUUGUAAAUCAAACUGUUCUUGAGCUCCCUGGGUCAGUCAAGUUCAAUGUCAAACACAUCGAUUACAAAAACCAAAUCAUUCAAUUAUAUGAUCUUUCUGGCUGUCUCUUGAGGCAUGUCCGUAACCUCAAUCUGUACCCUUCCCCCUUCCAAUUCAUAUCCCCACAAAACUACACCCUUUUCAAUUACUCAUCCCCAAGACAUGGAGAAUUCUUUUCAACGUGCCUCGACAGCUCUACUUAUCAAGUAUAUGCUGUUUCUUCUAGCGCCUAUAUCGAUGACCUAAUUCCCCUGUUUUCUUGCAGCAAAAUAUUUGACAUUUCAUCUGUCCCACCUGAGAUUUUUGAUGUUGAGAACACACUUCAUUUGAUGUGGUCUCAUCCAAGGUGCCAAUAUUGUGAAUCAAAUCGAACGAGAUGUGGAUUCAACAAGAGGAAUAGUAGUGAUAUUGCAUGUUUCGAGGUUCUUUACAAAGACUCAUCAAACAAAUUUGUAAUUCCAGGAUCAAUCUUGGGCUCACUUCUUCUAGUGGUGACAACGGUUGUAAUUCAUUAUGCUCGCAACUCCUACAAAUCACGGAAAGAAAGCCAAGCAAUAAUUGAAAAGUUUCUGAAAGAUUAUAGAGCUUGCAAGCCAACCAGAUAUUCUUAUGCUGAAAUCAAGAGGAUUACCAAUCAAUUUGAUGUCAAGUUAGGGGAAGGAUCUUUCGGCACUGUGUUCAAAGGAAGCAUUUCAUCUGAGUUCAAAGUUGCAGUGAAGAUCCUCACUAAUUCUGAAGGAAAUGGUGAAGAGUUCAUUACUGAAGUUGGAACAAUGGGCAAAAUUCAUCAUGUCAACGUUAUUCGUUUAAUGGGCUUUUGUGCAGAUGGCUUUAGAAGAGCCCUAGUUUACGAAUACUUUCCAAACGGUUCAUUACAAAAUUUCAUAAAUUCACCAGAUAACAGGCAAAACUUUAUUGGUUGGAAAAAGCUCCAUGGUAUUGCUUUAGGUAUAGCCAAAGGUAUUGAGUAUCUUCAUCAAGGGUGUGAACAACGCAUACUUCAUUUUGAUAUCAAACCUUACAAUAUUUUAUUGGAUGCUAAUUUCACUCCAAAAAUUUGUGAUUUUGGGCAGGCCAAAUUGUGCUCUAAAGAUCAAAGCAUAGUGUCAAUGACUAAUGCUAGAGGAACUUUAGGUUACAUUGCUCCAGAAGUCUUCUCUCGAAAUUUUGGAAAUGUAUCUCAUAAAGCAGAUGUUUAUAGUUUCGGGAUGUUGCUACUUGAAGUAAUAGGGGGAAGAAGCAUCACCCAUGACACGAAAGAAAAUGCGACCCAUAUUUACUAUCCCGAAUGGAUCUAUAGUAUUUUAGAAGAAAGGGAGGAUGUAAGGAUUCAUAUUGAGGAAGAAGGAGAUGGUAAAAUUGCAAGAAUGUUGGGAAUAGUGGGAUUGUGGUGCAUUCAGUGGCAUCCUGUAGAUCGACCAUCAAUGCAAGCAGUGGUUCAAAUGUUAGAAGGAGAAGAAGACAAAUUACCAAUCCCUCCGAAUCCUUUUAAUUCUGAAGGUACAUCAACCAGAAAAAGGGCCAGCGUGCCUACAAGAAGUCUGAUGCAAGGUUUAGAAAUAAUCCAAGAAGUAGAGUGACAGUCAAUAAUGAUAAAAUAUUAACCGGUUUGGUUGAUUUGGAAGUUUGCCUUUUGUUGUGUGCUGUUGUGUCAUUUGUGUGCGUAUGUUGUUUGAACCUUGUUUCUUGAGAAUAGAAGGAUGCAACAUGUAAAGCAUAUAUCUAAGACUUCUUUGUUUUUUCAUAUGAUAUGCGUUCAAACCGAGCAUAAUUGCAGUUUGUAAUGGUCAGAAUUUAUCGCCAAUAAUUAACAUUGGAAAUGGAUCAUCGCUACAUAUUCUCUCUCAA